AUGUGCUAUCAUACGCUAUUGAUAGCAUGGACACGUUUUGCAGCUAUUUGUCGUCCAUGUCAAUUUAGAAAACAGCAAAAUUCCACCAUUUAUAUGCUCUGUUCUAUGUGUUAUGUGAUUGCUGUCGUACAGUCGACCGUAGUAUAUUUUCAACCGUGGUACGUUACAUUUUACUAUGAAGCAAGUGCGUACGGUAUGAUACCUGAAGAUAUCGAGCUGUAUUUGAAAGGCGGCAAAUCACAAUUUUUCACAAUUUUCCAUUCACUGAUAUUCAUCGCAACAUUUGCAUUAUAUAGUUGUGCAUUAUUUCUACUAUUCAAAUAUAAUCUUCAAGUUCGAAGGAGCCAUGUGACUAAAAUUACACCUAGUGCAAUACGACCAAAUGCAACACGUUGGAGUUUAUUUCCAACUGCUAGCGUUGGUAUUCGUACCGAAACCAAGCAAGUUUGCUUGGAAUUUUAA